CACCUCGGCACAUUUCGCCGCUCGCUCUUCGACGGUUGAUGGGCGUUUCUUUUCAUCUUGGAGUCUCCCUUUGUGUCACUGUAGUAUCUACAGCCCGUACCAAUACCGCCCAUUCACUGCUUCACUGAGUGGUGUACAACCCGUGGAGCAGCUGUAGACGCAACACAGAAUGGCGUCCGCCACGACCACCUGCGUUCUUCUUACGGUGCUACUUCACCUCGCGGCGUGCCAGAAACCGGGACUGCCGUACCUGCCUGCGGACUUCAAGAUGAACGUUAUGUUCAAGUCGUGGUUCGACGACAAGCUCUACUCGUUCACGGUUGCCUACACCCGCCAGGGCCAGGGUCUGGGCAACCGGCUGUACGUCUCCCGGACGUCUCAGGGGAUCAGCUAUAUCAAGCUGUACAACUUCGACAACGACGUCCUCUACGUGGCCGACGAAUCAACGAGACAGUGUCACGUGACCAAGGGCAUUCCGGACUCGGAGAAAGACGACCCGUACUUUCCGGUGAAAUUCCGUGUGGAUGCCAAGGGGAGUAAACUCUUCGACGCGCCAAACUCGCUCAUCCGCUUCGAUGGAGGCGACAAGCAACAGAUCCAAGGAACGCCGAUCGAUGCUGACGAGUGGAGAACGAGCGCCACUGUCAAGUUACAAGGACAGAGCUAUGUGUGCACCACCACUGUAGUCUGGAGCAAGAACGGUGCUAUCACUCCAAACUGCGACAACAAGGCGGCGAACAAAGGCGUAUGCCCUUCCGUGCCCCUGGACGCCCUGGUGACGUGCGACGAUGACAAGGCCAUUCGUUACACGUUCGCCGACUACGUGGAGAACUUAGAUUACACCAUUUUCGAGGAACCGGUGGGAUUCUUCUGCGAGGGAGCCGAGAGGGCGCGGCUUCCCGAACUUCCACGUGUCUUCUCGUUCUCUGCCGAGACCAAGGUGGCCGACAGCGAAGACGUAGAGAGAAGCAAGGUGUGGUGCGACCUCCCCAGCUUCCUGGUUGCCCGGGAAACGUACAACGAGGAUGCCGACACGCCGGUCUUGAGGGGCGUCUACGACUACUACACGGGCAUGAAAUAUCUCAUCACUCCAGGCACGGGCAAGUGUCAGGCCUCCGUGAUGGAAAAGCAAGAGUUGACUGUCCCCGAACCGGUGGACCUUGUCUGGGGAGCGAAGCACGACUACGCAUUCCAGAAGGCUGGAGAGAGACGUUGCCGGUCCUGGAACUGCGCCGUAUACGCAGGCGUGGCUGACGCCAGCGCGGCCCCCGAAAAGUCCGUGGUGUCCAACCUGUACUACGCCUAUGAAAAUGAGAUGAAAGAAGCUACGCUACCCGUUUACAUGGAACUUUUCGACCAAGCCCAGGGUGGGGACGUCAUAGAGAAGCGGCACAUCUACGAGUUCGAGGCGGACCUGAGCGACUGGCUGCCAUUCGACACCACGCUAUGCUUUCACGCUCAUGAAGUCAGGACAUUCCUGCUUACCGUGCAAGGCAACUCCGACUUCGGCCCUGGCAAGGGAACCCGAGAAGCUCUGGCCAAGGCGCUUCGGAUCCAGAUGAGGCAGACCAUGGGCAUUGCGCAAGACAUACGGCUGAGCAGAGUAUCGGUAUUCCCGCGAGCCAACAACCUCCUGCUCGUCCUCGCACGCCUACUGCCCGCCGCCAACACUGACCAUAUCACGGUGCCGGAUCCCACGGUAGACGAGGCCACUAAGAAGCUCAACGAGACCAUCAACGCGGGAAGCUUCAAGGUGUACCUCGACAUCCCUGGCUCGGACCAGAAACCAGAAUACGUCGUCACGCAAAUGAUGAAUCGAUACGUGGUGGCGCCGCCCGAUGCUUCUUCCAAAGGAUAUUCCAGCGGAAGCAUGGCGGCCCUGGGCAUCAUGAUGGUUCUUCUGGGCGCUGCCAUCGCGAUGGGAGCCGUCUAUCUGGCCGCCCGGAGGUACCCACGGAGCACCAUGGCCACCAUCCUCCUCCAGAACAAGGGCAGCGGCGACAACUAAGACCUCGGUCGCUGCUUAGUUACAUCCUUUAGCGCCGUUCACACCAGAGCACCGUGAAUGAGGAGGAAGAAACAAUUUUACUAGAGAGCACUGCGCCACGCAUCCAGACUUGGCUAUAGUGCAAUUAACGCUCCGUGAGUCCUUCCUCACCGCAUUCUUUCCGACCAAUAUUGGCCCAGCACGUCUACGCCUCAGGGAGACAGCGUGUUGACCGAAAUUAGUUUGUCCCGUUGCGCCACCUAUAGCUUUGCCUGCGCUCCAUGCGCUCCUCCUUACGUGGCGAUCACGUGUAGGGCCUAUAUAUUUUCUUUUUUAAUUUUUGCUUCAAUCGUGUUGCAGUAUGCUCUAUCUCAUAAUUUGCUUCAUGACUGCAAACUAGAACGCAUCGCCGCCAUGUUUGACGAUGGAGGUGACGCUGCAUAUUGCAAACGCUGCGAGACAAUUAGUUCAUCGUGUGUAUGCGCCUCGACGUUAUCGUAGCACGCUGUAUAGUCUACAACUUGCGUCACUCGGGUAGUGUUUAUACGAUGGAAGUGCCACGUUACGCGCCACGACGCCUUCGUCAUUCACAUCAUCGGCCCGAUGUUUGGCCCGUCUAAAUCUGUGAAUUGCAGAGAUAGGACAUAUAUAGGGCUCAUGCCAACUAUUCAUUUACGUGAUUUUAUACUAUUUCUUGCAGCUAACCAAUGACGUCUGUCCGCUGUUAAUCGAUCCACAGAGCUUUCGUGUUGUACGCAUAGACGUGAGAGUGGUCUGAGGUAAACAUUAUCGAGAAUUCCUUUUUAUGAGGUUUUCUUGCUGGAUGACGCGAACAACGCCGCGCUCAAGCAGCGCGGCGUUGUUGCAGCGGUGUGUGGUUAAGACCACUGCGGCAGCGGAGGAAUUUAAUGACUGAAGGCGCGUUUCUUGCUCCGGUAUCGCAACGCAUUGCCUCUAGAGCUACAUUUGCAUAUCGUGUUGAACUUAAACUACAUUUAAGCAAAACAAUAUACAUUUGCGGGUGAUCAGCAAACGUCUUUGGUUGUAGCGUAGACGAGCCGGCACAAACCAAAGUGCGACGGCUAUGGAUAUGACGGUUACAACGAACAGAAGCGCAGCUGGCCUGUCCAGAUACGGCAGAACGGAAGUUGACGUAAUGCUAUUCAGGCUAUUGUCAAAAUCGGCCGCGUUGUCGCAUCCUCCACUUUAUCGAUUUUAAUUGGCUCACAACGUUGUAAGAUUUAAAAAUAAAAGUAGAGCACACACACAAACACAAAAAAGACAAAAGACAAGUAGACAGGAAUGAGUGCUCGCAAGAAGGGAAACUCGCCCAGCAACGUAUUUGAUUAAGUUGUAAGGUCUUCGUGAUUCGCUGAAAACGUCGCCACUGCGGAGUCCGAGAAUAUAGCGGAAAUGGAACAUGCCCAGAAUAGCACGAACGGUUUGAAAAGCGUUCUGGGUCACUGUUUCUUACUUUGCUAAAAAGCAACUUUUUCGCGACCAUUGUACAUGAUAAUCCAAGCGCCGACUUGCGUUUUGUCGAGUAUGUUCUUCCCUUUCACGGGGCUCUGGCUUGCGGCAGAAAUGGCGUAUUCCUCGACAGCUUCAGACCACCUGGUUCGCGGCGGAAGAGUCUUGCCUCAGCCGGCAAUGCGCUGUUUCACACGUGGAACACAAAGCCAUGAACUUUGGCGAUGUUAGGAUUGGCUAGUCCUGGGUGGCUAACGCGAAGAUACUCGCCUUUUAGUACCGGCACGACCUAAACGCAAUCCAUGAGUAGUAGCCUUGCCACGUGUUUCUAAGUGUUCCUUAAUCAGGCCCAUAUGCAUUGCUUCUCAUAAUGAAGGUGGAGGAGCGUGCCCACAGGGUGCUAGUGUUUGAGGGGUGAACGUGGAGUGUUUAAAAGUUUGGGGGUUUGUGCCUUUGUUAACAUAAGAUACGCUCAUAAGAUAGUACGUGGUACAGAUGAAAUGUGGCGAAAUGUGUGCAGAACAUGUGUCGCGUGCCGUUUUAGGGUAGCACAUAGCCUAUAUCUCAUUGAUGUUAUCUUCACUACAUGGACCCUUCAUUGGUUCAUCAGUGAGUACGCAUAGUGCGUAGCAUACUUGCGGAGUCAUUCACAUGUGCUGUGAUAUGUUAAAUGUUUUUCGGCGUAUUGCUUCCAACACCAUCUAUUUGUCACUGGUGUGUUGAGAACGUUGAUAAAGUUUGAUCUGUUUUUACGGAGUUGUAUUGAGUAUUUUACGGCAGAGAAUGUUUCCACUGAGCACGUUAUGCUAAGUCAUUAAAUACUUCUGAAAGACAUGA